CCUUCCCCGCCCGGCGCGUCCGGCCCGCCGCAGAGCCGCCAUGGGCGCCGCGCGCUGGCUGGCGCUGGGCAGCGUCCUGGCCCUGGCCGGGUUGCGCGAAGGUCGGCUGGUGCGCGAACCCGAGGCCGGCUUCGGCGAGUGCGAUCGGUUCUUCUACGCGCAGAGCCCGCCCGCCGGGCCGGACGCCGGACCCCACCUGCGGGUCUGCCAGCGCUUCCAGGGUGUCGAGCGCUUCGCCACCCUGUACAGCACCCGGGACCGCGUCCCCAUCCUCUCCGCCUUCCGCGCCGCGCGCCCCGCGCCCGGCCGCGCCCAGCCGCGCUGGCUGGUGGAGCCGCAGGUCUGAGUGUGCUGCCUUCUUCACAUAGAGACCCUACGCUGUGCAAAUCACCCUGAAGCUAGUCCAGAAUACCUGAAGUCUGUGGGACUCUGGCGGAGUCAGUCACAGAUGCAACCUACUCAUUCCUACUCC